UCUUCUUCUUCGUUGUGGCCGUCUUUCUCUCUGGAGGAGGAGGAGGAGGAGGAAGUGGGACUUUGUAAAUAGCUGGUCGUAUUUCUCUCGCCAUCACCUGCCAUCACGACUACCGACGACAGCAGCGGCGGUAGCAGCUGAGAAACAUCUGUAGCGGUGUUGAUACUUGCGCUUUUCCUUCUUCUUCCUUUCAACGAGACACAUUGCAAUCGGACGUUGACCCUGUGGAGGGUUUAUUUGUUGCAACUUCUUUUCCCCCCUUCCCCUUGAAAAAAACAAAAACAAAAAACAAACCAUGGAUGUGCUUCCAAUGUGUAGCAUCUUUCAGGAACUCCAAAUUGUCCACGACACUGGUUACUUCUCCGCUUUACCAUCUCUGGAGGAAUAUUGGCAACAGACGUGCUUAGAGCUGGAACGAUACCUUCAGAGCGAGCCUUGCUACGUAUCUGCCUCUGAGAUAAAAUUUGACAGUCAAGAGGAUCUGUGGACCAAAAUUAUUUUGGCGCGUGAGAAAAAGGAGGAAUCUGAACUGAAGGCCACGUGUACCCCAAAGGAGGAAAGCGUAAAGACUCAGAGUUUAGAGACUAACAGCUUGAAUUCUGACAUCAGCAGUGAAUCUUCUGACAGCUCUGAGGAACUUUCACCUACAACAAAAUUUACAUCUGAUCCCAUUAGUGAUGUCUUGGGCUUGACCAGUACAGGAAACUUGAGUUCAUCUGUCACGUCGACUCCUCCUUCCUCCCCUGAGUUGGGGAAGGAAGCCUCUUCCCAACCGUGGAAUUCUGCGCCUGGUGAAUUGCAUUCGCCGGGCAAAAUCCGUACUGGUAGCGGUGGAAAGACUGCAGAAAAGGGUGCCCCAGUGAAUGGCGAUGCCUCUCCGGAUGGGAGGCGGCGGAUCCACAGGUGUCAGUUCAAUGGGUGCAGAAAGGUUUACACCAAAAGUUCACAUCUGAAAGCACAUCAACGUACCCAUACAGGAGAAAAGCCUUACAGAUGCUCAUGGGAAGGGUGUGAGUGGCGUUUUGCGAGGAGUGAUGAGUUAACCAGACACUUCAGAAAGCACACGGGUGCCAAGCCUUUUAAAUGUAGUCACUGUGACAGGUGUUUCUCCAGGUCUGACCACCUGGCCCUGCACAUGAAGAGGCAUCUCUGAGUGGGUGAAGAGGUCGAAUCCUGUGGGCUAAGAGGCUUCGAGGUCAACCAGCCUUGAAAGAAGGGAUGCGUGUUCCAGCCAAAGCAUGCCAUUUUGCACCCUAACCCAGUUGCCUCCAGGGCCUCUCUUCCUUGGAAGGUCUUCAGAGGGCUAAACAAGUCAUGUAAGGAAACGGCAUAGCGACCGCACGGUUGUGGGUCUCGUACGCUGGCACCCAACCUUCUACGCCUUCUGCCGUGAGCACGUGCACUGAGAAUGUUAAUGAUUGGACGACUGUAUGUUAUUGAGGAUCGUACUGGGCGACUGUAUGCUGAGGCACAUGAAUACCUUUUGUUUGUUUGUUUAAUUUUUCUUCCGUUUCGUUCCUCGUGGUUGUUUUAUAACCGUAAGCGAGAGAGAGAGAGGAAAGGUCAGCCGAAUGGGGGAGGGCGGGGGAAUCAUUUGCGUAUGUGAGGAGUAUGUCGCAAGAAAGGAGCGAUCAAUCAUUUCCAAGGGGAGGGGCGAAAGGGGUGUCUGCACCUUUAAAAAAAAAAGACGAAAGAAAUAGAAAGAGGGAGGGGAAGAUGGAGGGGAGGGGGUGGCGAGUCAGGACACCAGAAUGGAGGGAGGGGCCCCUAUCCUGUGUGAGAGGAGCUUUUGGUGUCUGGUCCAGCUAUUAAAUGUGCAAUGUGUCAAGUAGCUUGUUUUACUUGCUACAGAGCUCAUUUGUAAUCCAUUGUAUAAGCUGUGUAUUUACAAUAUAACACAACCUAUAACUUUUUCAUUAUAAUACAAAGAUUAUUGCAUGGUUCUGGGGAACUAUAUGCUUUUCCAUUCUUUAAUCAGGACUUGCAGGUAUUUCUUUUGUUUUCUCUCCCCCUCUCUCAAUUCCAGUUAAAAAGCUGCUACAAUGCAAUUGGUUUAAUGUUACAUAACAUACAGAUCCUGGAUUUUUAUUUUUUUAUUUCGUCCUGUUGGGUGGAUAAAACCACUGUAGGUUAGAAACUGUUAAUUUUUUUUUAAGAAAAGAAAAGAAAAUUCUCAUGCAGCUAUGUUGGGGUUUUGGUUUUUUGUUCCCUUACUCUUUUAUUUAUGCCUUGAGGUCUCUUAAUUUCUGGUUUUCUAGCUGUUAAUGCACUGUUGACCUUAAUAAUGGUGCCUUAUGCAAAAGUGAUCUCUUCUCGCAAGAGGUCUUAUACAGGGGUAUGGGUGAUUUGUGCUUCGUUAAGGCUCUCUUGUCACCUGACAUUAGUACUGUAUCAAAUGUAAAUUACGAAGAGGUGGAGGAAAGCAUAGGCUGAUCUUCAGGGUUUUGUUUUUUUCCAUGUAGAAAAAGCAUCUUUGGACAAGUCAACACAAUAUUACACUUUCCCUUUUAAAAAUCCCAUGGAAUAAUAUGACCGGUUCUGCCACCUUGAAAAUCCCUGAUUAUACAUCCUUGCACAACCAAUAAUACGUGUACAGAACAUGCACCCUGAACCUCCCUUUCCCAUGUACCUCAAAAUGUUACAGUUCCUCCUUUUUUUAAAAAAAAAAAAAAAGUCUGGGAGCAUUACAAAAAUAAUCAUUUGCUUAAAAUGGCACAAGUUCCAUGUCUUUAUAUCAAGCUUUCUCUUGGUUAAUACUAAAAUAAAAUUCUCUCUUUUU